CAAGACACACAAAAACGAACACUAAUAACAAACAUUUCAACAUUCCUUUCCGUACGACAACCCCAAAAAAAAAAUGGGUUGUGCUUCCUCCAAACGAGUUGACGCCGAUGCCUACGCCUACUGCCCGGCGCCGGCGAGCUUCGCCGUCUUCGACAUCAACUCCAUUCAGGAGCCGUGGAUUGUGGUCGAAACGGCGUCGCAUGACCAAAAGCCCACCCACGUUCCGGCCCAAAUCCUCGAGAAGCUCUCCUCGUUAGAAGCCGAGCCAGUUCCGCCCCACUCCUGGGUCGAGGUCAGCAAGGCCCUCGAGGACCUCAAGCCCACUCUCCAGCCCAGCCCAAAAAUGCUCCCCGCCCCGGAAAAGCCCGGCCCACUUCAGCCGCCGCCUGCUCCGGCGGCGGAGAAGGAUGGCAAAGUUGCGAAGAGCUUGUCUUUCCACACGUUGGAAGAGCUCGACGCCAAGUUGUCAAAACCCAAGCAGCAAACCGAGUUGAGAAAGACCGAGUCGAUGAAGACAGAGUCAAUAACCGAGUUCCGGACUCCGCCGGCAAUAGUUACAGGCGCCGGCGCCGGCAUUGGUGUGGGUAAGGGCUUGAGGGAUAACAUGUUUAUAGUAAGAGACAGGCAGGAGAGAGGGAAGGAAGGGAACCUCGCGAACUACGAGGAGAUGAUGAAGUUCAAGAGGGACCCACUAGGCGAGUUUCCCGAGAAGUGCCCUCCGGGAGGCGCCGACGCGGUGGUGGUCUCCACGACGUCGUUGCGUGGGGUUCGCCGGACGUACGAGGAUUGCAACAAGGUGAAAUCCGUCAUGGAGUUGCAACGAGUGGUGUUCGACGAGAGGGAUGUUUCCCUUCACGGCGAGUUCCUCGCCGAGCUCAAGGGACUAUUAGGGGAGGAGGUUGGAGUGCCGAGAGUGUUUGUGAAGGGAAGGUACAUCGGUGGAGCGGAUGAGGUGGCGGACCUGAAUGAGGCGGGGCGGCUCGGGAGGAUUCUGACCUAUGCUGGUGUGGAGCGCGGGGUUGGCCGGCAGGCUUGCGGGGGAUGUGGCGGGGCUCGAUUCGUGCCGUGCCUCGAGUGCGGUGGCAGUUGUAGGGUGAUGGUGAAUGGGGAUAAGGAGAGGUGUCCCAAGUGCAAUGAAAAUGGUUUGGUGUUGUGUCCGGCUUGUCUUUAGGGUUAAUUGUUCGCUGUGGGGUUCAAAUUUUCAUGAAAAGUUUACAUAUUGAAGUCGUGAUGUGUUAGUAAUGUAUUGUUGUAUGGUGUUCUCUAGCAUGUUUUAUGAUGGUUAUAUGAGGAUAUUAGUACAACAAUACUAACACGAUGUUACAUCUGUGGUGAUUAUGUAGUAAGUGGUUGCUGUUAGUGAUGUAUAGAAGUGCAACGGAAAAUGGUUUUUUUUUU